AUGGAUUUCGAGGCCCUGAAGGAUCAAUGGAGUGAUGUGGAGGACCGCGAUGGCAUCCGUCUGAGUUGGAACACUUUCCCGAGCUCUCGUAUGGAAGCCUCGCGCCUGGUCGUCCCCAUUGCUGCCGUCUAUACACCUCUCAAGGAGAAACCCGAUUCCCCAUUGCUCCAAUAUGAGCCAGUGACUUGUAAACAACCCUGUCGGGCUGUUCUCAACCCAUAUGCCACCGUCGACAUCCGCGCACGUAUCUGGAUCUGUCCUUUCUGUCUCAUGCGCAACCCCCUUCCACCCCAUUAUAAGGAUAUCACAGAGAACACAAUACCCCCCGAGCUUCACCCUCAGAGUACCACGAUCGAGUACCAAUUGGCACGCCCGGCCCCAGCACCUCCGAUCUUCCUCUAUGUUGUCGAUACCUGCCAGGAGGAUGACAGUCUCCAGGCGCUCAAGGACUCUCUCAUCAUGAGCUUGUCUCUUCUGCCGCCCAAUGCGCUGGUCGGUCUGGUUACAUACGGAACCAUGGCUCAAGUACACGAACUUGGCUACACUGAGUGCGCCAAGUCCUAUGUUUUCCGAGGAAACAAGGACUAUACCGCCAAGCAGGUGCAGGAAAUGCUGGGUCUCGCUCAUGGUAUCCGCCCAGGUGUCCCUCAGCAACAACCAGCUCGCCCCCCUCUUCCUCCGGCCGCGCGAUUCCUCCUUCCCGUUCAGCAGGCCGAGUUCCAAAUCACCAGCAUUCUCGAACAAUUGCAGCAUGAUCCUUGGCCCGUUGCAAAUGACAAGCGUCCCCUGCGCUGCACUGGUGUCGCUCUUAGUGUUGCGGUUGGUCUGUUGGAGAGCUCCUUCCAAAAUGCUGGUGCCCGUAUCAUGAACUUUGUUAGUGGUGCCGCUACUGAAGGACCCGGUCACGUCGUUUCACCUGAAUUGAAGGAGCCUAUUCGUUCACACCACGAUAUUGACCGCGAUAACAUUAAGUACUACAAGAAGGCUGUCAAGUUCUACGACGCCCUCGCCAAGCGCGCUGCCAACAACGGACACAUUGUCGACAUUUUCGCUGGGUGUCUUGAUCAAGUUGGUCUUCUGGAAAUGAAGAACCUGUCCAAUUACACCGGUGGUCACAUGCUUUUGACAGACAGUUUCACCUCCUCUCAGUUCAAACAAUCUUUUGUUCGAGUAUUUGACAAGGAUGCCAAUGAUAACCUUCUCAUGGGCUUCAAUGCCUCACUAGAGGUCCUCACAACUAAGGAAUUGAAGGUUACUGGUCUGAUUGGUCAUGCCAUCUCUCUUAAUAAGAAAUCGAGCUCUGUCGGCGAGACUGAGUGUGGUAUUGGAAACACUUGUGCCUGGAAGAUGUGCAGUAUCGACCCAUCUUCAAGUUACGGUGUUUACUUUGAGAUUGCCAACCAGGGUGGCCCGGCUGCUGCUCAACCCGGUCCUCAAAGAGGUAUGAUGCAGUUUUUGACAUACUACCAACACUCCUCUGGGCAUUACCACCUACGUGUGACUACUACUGCUCGGCCUCUGAGCGGACCUGCCGGUGACCCGACAUUGGCACAGUCCUUUGACCAGGAAGCUGCCGCGGUUCUCAUGGCCAGAAUUGCUGUUUUCAAAGCUGAAGUGGACGAUGGCCCAGAUGUCCUCCGCUGGGUGGACCGCAUGCUGAUCAGGCUCUGUUCACGCUUUGCCGACUACCGGAAAGAUGACCCAACAUCGUUCCGAUUGGAAAAGAACUUCACUCUCUAUCCCCAGUUUAUGUUCCAUUUGCGACGAAGUCAAUUCUUGCAAGUCUUCAACAACUCCCCCGACGAGACCGCAUUCUACCGCCAUGUCUUGAACCACGAGGAUGCUGGCGACUCACUUGUCAUGAUUCAGCCUACCCUGGAUUCCUAUUCCUUGGAGGCUGAGGGAAGUGAAGCUGUACUGCUGGAUUCUGCAUCCAUUCAGCCACAGCACAUUCUUCUACUUGACACAUUCUUCCAUAUUCUCAUCUUCCACGGUGAGACCAUUGCCGAAUGGCGCAAAGCUGGCUACCAUGAGCAAGAGGGAUACGAGAACCUCAAGGCUCUUCUGGAGCAGCCAAAGGAAGAUGCUAGGGAACUCAUUGCCGACCGUUUCCCUCUUCCUCGAUUUAUUGUCUGUGAUGCCGGUGGCUCUCAAGCUCGUUUCCUUCUAUCCAAGCUGAACCCAUCGACCACUCACACCACCGGAGGCUAUGGUGGCGGUGUGUCGUCCCAAACAAUUUUCACCGACGAUGUCUCCUUACAGACAUUCAUGGAUCACCUGAUGAAACUCGCCGUAUCCGGUACCAGCUAA